AUGAAUAAGCGAUACCCCGAGUUAAACACUUAUCCGAAAACACACCAAAAUACGGAAUAUAUAAAUUGUAUUUCAAUUCUCUGA